AUGAAAUAUGCACAAAAUAAAACAAUCAGAAAAUUUUUAUAUUUUUUUGAUAUUCAUACACUUUAUAUUAACACAUGUGUAAAAAUUAUAACAUUUUUAGAAUGGCUAAUAAAUAAUAAUAAUCUUUUACCUGUUUAUAGAUUAAUAACCUGGCACUCAAAAUUACAUCCAUUUUAUUUUACAAUAGUACAGAUCUUUCCAUUGCUUUCUUUAUUUUUAUUUAUUAAUUACAGAUUACAAUUUUACAUCGUUAAAGAUUUAAAAAUAGCAUUUAUAGCAGAUGGAAAUAGGCGCUAUCUAAAAAAAAUGAAUAAAGAUAUAGAACAAGUAAAAGAAGAUGGGCUUAAAAGAAUUAAAGAAAUAAUUGAAUUUUGCAAUCAAUUUAAUAUACCGGAAGUUGGAUUUUAUUGUUUUAGUAUUAAAAACUUUAAAAGAAGUGAUAAAGAAGUACAAAAUGUUCUACAACUCUUAACUUAUAACCCUUAUAUUACAAAUUACAAAGUUAGAGUUAUUGGUAAUUUGGAUUUAUUACCUCCAGCAAUUGGUGAAAAUAUGAGAAAAUUGGAAAUUAGUACAAAAAACAAUACUGGAAUUAUUGUUAAUCUUUUUAUUGCAUAUAGUACACAGGAUGAAGUGGAGAAUGGAAUAAAGUUUACAGGUGAAGUUGAUUUAAUAGUUAGAACUAGUGGAGAAAAAAGACUAUCUGAUUUUUUAAUACUACAAUGUUGCCGUGGUACGAACAUCUUUUUUUGUGAUUUUUUGUGGCCAGAAAUUACUUUAGUUCACUUGUACCUUAUAAUGUUAAAAUACAAAUUAGAGCAGAUUUUUUUUAAAAAAGUUAAAUAA